AUGAUCAUGAUGAUGAUCACAGUACUGCUUCUCCUUUGGUCAACCGUGGGAUGGCAAGCAGAGUCAUCUCAAGGAAAGGAAACAACAGUCUCGCUUCUCCCACCGGUAAACUUCACUAUUAAAAUCACUGGAUUAGCUAAAGUACUUUUACAUUGGGAACCAAAUCCAGAUCAGGAACCAAAGAACUACCAUCUAGCAUAUAGAGUGAAAAUUAACCAUCCACAAGAAGAUGAUUAUGAAAUUGAGGAAACCGAAAGUACGUAUACGGCAAUACUUCAUACAGGCUUUUCUGCAGAUGUCCAGACAAUAUUUGACAACGGUGGCCAUUAUCUAGAAAGUACAUGGGCUUCAGCUGAUCUUCAAGCACCACCAGGCUCCCUUGGGACAUCAGUUACUAAUUUGUCUUGUGGCAUUAACACUUUGCCAAAUAAUUUUGUAUCUCUACAUUGCACCUGGGAAGUUGGGGAAGAUGCCCCAGAGGAUACUCAAUACUUCUUUUUCUACAGGUAUGGGGAAUAUACCGAAGAAUGCCAAGAAUAUAGCAAAGAUAUGUGGAGGAGAAAUAUUGAUUGCUGGUUUUCAAGGACUCACAUUUAUAGCAAAGGCCAACUCAAACUUGCAGUUCAUGUUAAUGGCUCCAGCAGACAUGCGAUAAUCAAACCAUUUGAUCAACUAUUUGCUCUUCAUGCUAUUGAUCAGGUGAAUCCUCCAAUGAAUAUUACUGCAAUGAUUGAGAGAGAUUAUCUGUCUCUCCAGUGGGAGAAACCAGUUUCUGCUUUUCCAAGUCACUGCUUUGUUUAUGAAGUGAACAAUUAUAACUUAAAGACUGGGUCUGAACAGAAAGCGACCAUUGAAGCAAAUACACUCAUCUUAGUAAUUGACGUUACUUGCAAAUACUCAGUAAAAAUAAGAGCUGCUGUGCAUUCAUCGUGCAGAGCAGAAGGACUCUGGAGUAAGUGGAGUGAACCAAUCUACAUUGGAAAAGAUGAGCAGUGGAUUCCAGGAGAAUGGCUCUUGAGUCUGCUCUCGGCAGUCAUUUUGCUAGUUCUCGCUCUCAUAUGUCGAUUAUGUCAUUUAUGGACCAAGUUGUUUCCACCAGUUCCAGCACCAAACGGUAAUAUGGAAGAUCUCUUUUUAAACAACAUCUAUGAGAAAGCCUGUACCAGUGAAACAGAGACUGAAGUUUUAAGUUUUGUAGAAGAUCCUGGUUCUGAUAUCAUUGAGGAUUCUGUCUUCUCAAUUUCAUUGUCGCGACCUUCAUCAGAGCUCAAAGACUCUGGUUCUAGGAGACAAACACUUGAGGAAAUGGAUGAUAUUGUCACGGAGAGUGCUAGAUCUGUUGAAUGGGAAAUCAGCCCGAGAUUUGGGUCUCAAUUCAUUUCUACGAGGACAAGCCGAAGCCCGAGAGCGUGA